UCGGGCGUAUUAAAUCGCCGAUACUUUAUACUUUUCCAACACAGAUUUUCCAACACGAACAAGAUAAACGAAAAGAUCACUAUGAAGGCGGUAAAGGAGCAACUGUUCGAAUGGGCUUGUAAGAAGUACGCGAUGAAUAGUCCGUUGGACAGACGUCUACUGCGAGAGAAGGCUCUGGAACUGGCAAGGAUAAGUGGCUCGAACGGAUUCAAGUGCUCGGACAGAUGGUUGACUACAUUUUUGAAAGAGUACGGCUUCUCUACCGAUUUGACAAGUCAGCCGGGACUGAUGUUCACCGAUUACCGCGACUGGAUCGAUCUGAUGAGAUCGACGAUAGUCAAGUACAGGCACGAGGAUUUGUUUCACGCGGACGAGCUGACCAUGUACUCGGACGUUCUGCCUUCGGGAAUCCCGUGCAACGGCGUCAAAGAUCCAAGGGAGACCGAUUCGUCGAGGAACCGAGUGACGGUUUUAAUGAGCUGUAAUUCUUCGGGAACGACGAAACUACCGCUCUUCGUCUGCGGACCGUAUGCGUCCAAGAUAACGGCGAAAGAGCACGUUUACAAUCACAGCGAGGAUUCUUGCAUCGGGAACCAGCUAUUCAGAAGUUGGCUGUCGAACGUGAACGAUCGUAUGAUCGAGUCUAAUCGAAAGAUCUUGCUGUUUCUACGACGAGGCAGAGCUCGCGCGCUGAAGGAUUUCGUAGCGAGCAACGUACGACUCGUUUACUUUCCCGAACAUUUCCCGGCAUUUUUACGACCGUUACGGAGGGACGUUUUCCAUUACGUUAAAAUGGUAUUUAGGCAAAGGUACGCAGAGCGAUUAAAGCGAUAUACCAUGAAAUGGAAUCUUGACGACAUCCUGGCGUCGCUGAUCGAAGCUUGGGAGUCAAUACCGCGGGAACUGAUAGUAUUCAGCUUUCAAAGGACCCACUUUAGGACCGACGACUGUUUUCUUCGGAUCGAUUGCGAUUGCUGGGACAGCUUGAAAGUCGGUAUCUCGUUCAAAAAAUUCGUGACGUUCGACGACGGUCUCUCGAGCGAACCGACGACGUACGAAAAAAACCAUCGAUGUCGUUGUUACGAGCUUUCCAACCGCAAAAACGUUAAACAGACCGACAACGAUACCGUCGAUUCUGCGUUGAAAAACAUGCCGCAAGGUAUCUCGGAAGCGACGGUUCCAAAACUACCGAACGAAUCCGAUCGGAAUCUUCGAGCGACGCCUCUAAACGUAAAGAACCGUACAUGUAGAAAAUACGAUUGUUCUAUGGCAACGAGUCGCGUCAACGAUAACGCGAGCAUAGCGACGAUAACGUAUAACACGAUAAAGGAAAAUCUAGUGGAAGCGAGCAGCGGGCGUAGAAAGUCGCGAAAGAGAAUUUACAGCGAGACACAAUUUUCUACGAAGGAAUGGAAUGGCACUCGAUGUGCACCCGAGCAGAGGAAUAUUAAAAAUACCUUUGUAUCGAAAUACCCGAAUGUUAUCCGUUCGAGUUCGUUCGGAGAUGGGACGUUUCAAACAGAGGCGAACGAGAUACGAGAGUCUCUCCAACCGGUCGUAGACAAAGCUUCGACUCUAUCGUCCAUUUCAACCACCGAAUCUAACUCUACCAACGAUCUAAUCGGUAAUAUCAAUGCGACUGAACGUGAAACAAUUAGGAUCUCUGAACGUUACGUGAUAAGAAACAAUCUGACGCGAUUUGGACGCUUAAACAACGAACAAGGUGACGCAAAGUCCAAGUGUAGAAAUCGAGGAAUCGUACGAUCUAGCAUUUUGGACAAAUUUAAUCAACCGUCUACCUCUACGAACAAUUGUAACGUUACAUCUGAAAUGAUUGGCCAAGAUACGGCUCAACUACGCAUGGAAAAUCGUAGCAGGAGUCAAAGUUCGAACGUAGUCGCAAACAACGAGAGCAGCUUGCCUUCCGUUCAUCAGAAAAUCUUGAAUUUUACGAAGCAGAAACGACGAAACUCUCUUUCCGACAAUUCCGAGGACGAUUCUGAGACGAGCGAACCAAGGGAAAAGAAAUUGAAAACGAAUCAUAAUUGGUCUAAACAGUUCGAAACCUCUUUCGUUUUCGGUUCUUCGGAUACGGAUUAUUCUUUCGGUGCUCAGCGUAAUAAAAAUAUCGUGGAAUCAGGUAUUUUUAACAUAAGUCCGUUUAUUUCUCCGAGGGGUUAA